AUGGCGAGAAAUCUAGUGAUCAUCGCUGUGCUGGUGGUUGUGUCCUACGAGUCGUACGGUCGCCCGUCGGAGUCGAUAGCGUGGACGAGCUGGAAGGCGCAGCACGGUAGACGAUACUCGACGAAGGAGGAGGAGCUCUCCCGAUGGAGGACAUGGGUCAAGAACAACCGCCUCGUCGACGAGAAUAACAGAGCUUACGAUGAGGGAAGACGGUCGUUAAAGAUGGCGAUGAACGAGUUUGCGGACCAGGAUAUGAGUAAAAUACGAAACAAGUUUGAAGUGAAAGCGAAACUACUCAAUACAGAAACAAAGCGGAAGUCGUCAGUGACGUCAUCAUCGUCAUCGACUUUACCGUCAUCAUGGGAUCGGAGAAAGGAGGGCAAGGUCAAUCCUGUCCGGAACCAAGGCCAGAUGGAUUCAGCUUUGCCGAUGAAUAUAGCUGAUGCCGUAGCUAGCUACUCGUCCAUCUACAACCAGACUUACCUGUACGCACUGUCCGUCGACGAGGUGGUUGACUGUUGUCUUCCUGAUCCCAUCGAAGACCCUCACGUCUUCGACUGCGUGCACGAUCACGACGGGCUGUGUCUGGACGGCUCCUAUCAUUCUGGAUCUGCUCCGAACGUCUGCAAUAACGCAUCGUGUAAGGCCGUCGCAUCGUGUAACGUUGGUAAGUUCGUAACUCAAGGUAACGAAUCAGCACUCACUGAAGCAGUCUACUUCACACCCGUCGUGGUAGCCAUAGACGCAAGCCAGCCGUCUUUCCAAUUAUACGUCAGCGGCGUGUACAGUGAUCCCAACUGCUCGUCGACGCUACGGUGUUUCUUCGGCGGGGACCGAGUACUGGAUAUGCAGGAACACAUUGGGAAGACGAUGUUUGCUCAGAUUUAUAAAUCCAAUGUAACUGCCAAUUCUUCGAAAUCGCAGGAGGAUCUUAAAGUGUGCGGAGAAGAGUGGGGAGAGAAUGGCUAUAUCAACAUUGCCAGGAAUCACAACAAUAUGUGUGGCAUCGCAACAGACGCUAUCUACCCGUCAAACAAGUAAAUGCACUG